UUUUCACCAACAAUGAGAGAUUUAGCAAAGCACCAUUGCUUUCCCACCAUUCUUCUUCUCCUCACUUUACUCUCUUUCUUCUCCACUGCCGUAUCCAAAGACACCUUGUCUGCAACUGAGUCGUUCGUUACAGGCCAGACCCUCGUCUCCGCCGGCGAGGUUUUCGAAUUGGGUUUCUUCGAGCUAGGCAGACCCUCAAGAUGGUACUUGGGCAUAUGGUACAAGAAAAUCGAACAAAGAACCGUUGUUUGGGUUGCCAACAGAGACAACCCUCUCCCAAACAACUCAUCCAGUCUCAAAAUCGGUUACGCUGGAAACCUUUCUCUUCUUGAUGACUCCGGAAACGUUUUUUGGUCAAGCAACAACUCACAGGUUGUUGGCGUCUCUAAAAAUCCAAUCCUGCAGCUCUUGGAUUCCGGCAACUUAGUCCUCAAAGAAGCGACCGAAAUUAACCCUAGCAAGUUUCUAUGGCAGAGCUUCGACCAUCCCACAGACACUUUAUUACCGGAGAUGAAGCUCGGAUGGAACUUGAAGACCGGACUAGACAGGUACAUAUCCUCAUGGAAAAGUCUAGAUGACCCUUCUACAGGAGACUACACCUUCAAGCUCGACUACCACGGUUUCCCGGAGGUCUUCCUCCGGCAGAAAUACACCAUACAGUACCGGAGCGGACCCUGGAACGGUCUGAGAUUCAGCGGCGUUCCGGAGAUGAACUCCGCUAAUAAUGGUAUUGGAUUCAAAUUCGUUGUAAAUGAAGAAGAAGUGUACUACUCGUUUUCGGAACAAGGUGACACAACUGAUCCGGCUCUGAAUUCUCGGCUGAUCGUAGAUCAGUCCGGCAAGCUCUUAAGGUUGACGUGGAUCGAGAGUCGUAAGAUCUGGAACCAGUUCUGGUACGCUCCAAAAGACCAAUGCGACUAUUACAGUGAGUGCGGACCCUACGGUGUCUGCGACGCCAACGCUUCGCCGGUGUGUCAGUGCAUGAAAGGGUUCCGACCUAAGAACCCUUCGGCGUGGAGCCUGAGAGAUGGUUCCGACGGGUGUGAGAGGGAGACGGAGCUCGAGUGUGGGAGGGCGGACAAGUUUAGGAAGGUGAAGAAUGUGAAGCUGCCGGAGAGCGGCGGAGCGGUGGUGGAGAUGGAGAUGAGUUUGGAAGAGUGUAAGGCCAAGUGUUUAGGGAACUGCUCGUGUAGUGGGUUUUCGAGUGCGAGGAUUCAGAAUGGAGGGAGUGGAUGUGUCAUGUGGUUUGGGAAGUUGAUUGAUAUGAGGAGUUAUGCCGACGGCGGGCAAGAGUUUUAUCUCCGGUUGGCAGCUUCUGAACUAGAUGGUGAUGGGAAAACAAAGAAAAUAAUUAUGAUCGUAGGCAUUGCGGUUGGUAUUGCCGUUCUGCUAUCAGCUGGUCUUAUUAUUAUCUGUUUCAAGCGGAGGAAUUCGGGUAGCACUCUAACAAGGAGAGAAUCGAAAGGUCCUCUUGAAAGAAGCCAGGAUUUUCUGCUAAAUAGUGUGGUAGUGUCAACUAAGGAGCACUACUCUGGUGACAGGAGCAAUGAUGACUUAGAAUUGCCAUUGUUUGAUGUUAGCUCUGUUGCAGUGGCUACCAAUAAUUUUUCUGAUGAAAAUAAACUAGGACAAGGCGGUUUUGGUUGUGUUUACAAGGGGUUGGUUGAAGGUCAUUUUAUAGCUGUGAAGAGACUUUCAAAGAACUCCGGACAGGGAACCGAAGAAUUCAAAAAUGAAGUGAAGUUGAUUGCAAGGCUUCAACACAGAAAUCUUGUUCGACUGCUUGGUUGCUGUGUUGAUGUAGAUGAAAAGAUGCUGAUUUACGAAUAUAUGGAAAACAAAAGCCUUGAUUCUUUUCUAUUCGAUAAAGCGAAAAGGUAUUUGCUGGAUUGGAAAAAACGUUUCAACAUCAUAUGUGGGAUUGCGAGAGGGCUGCUUUAUCUCCACCAGGAUUCGAGAUUCAGAAUCAUCCAUAGGGAUCUCAAGGCAAGCAACAUUCUACUUGAUGGAGAAUUGGACCCCAAGAUAUCGGACUUUGGAAUGGCAAGAAUAUUUGGUCAGGAUCAGACAGAAGCUAAUACAAAAAAAGUAGUAGGAACAUAUGGCUAUAUGUCUCCGGAAUAUGCAAUGGAUGGUCUCUUCUCAAUAAAGUCGGAUGUAUUUAGUUUUGGUGUUCUAGUGUUGGAGAUUGUUUGGGAAUUAUGGAAUGAAGGUCGUGCACUGGACAUAAUAGAUUCAUCAGUAGGAAAUUCAUUUUCGGAAACUGAGGUGAUGAGAUGCAUUCAGGUUGGGCUAUUAUGCGUCCAAGAGCGUGCAGAAGAUAGGCCUACAAUGUCCUCUGUGGUUUUAAUGUUAAGUAGUGAAACUGCUUCACUGCCGCAGCCUAAAAACCCCGGUUUUUGCCUAGGAAGGAAAGAAACAGAAUCAUCCUCAAGCAAGCAAGAUGAGUCAUGCACUGUAAACCAAGUAACUAUCACAGUAUUAAAUCCUAGACAGUUGCUUCAUAGAUUUGAAGCCGAAAUGGGAUACCCUCUUUUGCUAGCUUUCUGUUACAUUUUGCUGUCUUCAAACUCACUAAUUUCAGUUGCAGUAGAUACUUUGAUGCCAAACCAGGUUUUAACAAAUGAACAGACUUUGGUGUCUUCAAGCCAAAGUUUUGAGCUUGGGUUCUUCACUCCAGGAAGCUCAAAUAACAGCUUCUUGGGUAUUUGGUACAAGAAUAUUCUUCCUCUCACUGCAGUUUGGGUGGCUAAUAGAAAUGUCCCUAUUCUUCCUGGUUCUUCUUCAGCAAGUGUAUCUCUAAGCUCAUCCGGGUUUUGGAUUUCCACUAAUGAGUCUUUGAAUUUGUGGUCUGUGAAUGUUUCUGUGGCCUUAAAUAGUCCCAUGUUGCAGCUCUUGGACGAUGGAAAUCUGAUCUUGAGAAAUGAAAGUGGUGCAGAUGAUGCAGAGGGGCUUGUCAUUUGGCAGAGUUUUGAUUACAUAACAGAUACUUUGUUGCCGGGAAUGAAGCUUGGCUGGAAUUUGGUCACAGGUUUAAACCGGAAUAUGACAUCAUGGUCUUCCUCUAGUGACCCCUCUACCGGAGAAUUUACUUUUAGUGUGGACCGGCAUGAUGAAGCACCUCAGUUGGUGGUUUGGAAAGGGUCUGAGAAGCUAAAUAGAUGGGGGCCUUGGGAUGGAGUCAGAUUCAGUGGUAGCGAGGAGCUUCAGAGCAAUCCGGUAUGGACUCCAAUUUUCAAUAUAAGCAGUGAAGAGGUCUAUUACACAUUUGAAGUUGUAGACAAAUCUACUCUAACAAGGUUUGUGAUGAAUCAAGAUGGCUCGGCUGAAUAUUUUACUUAUAGAGCAAGUAACAAUCAGUGGGGUGGUGUGGUGACACUAAAACAAAGCAGCUGUGAUGUGUAUGGGACUUGUGGUCCUUAUGGAAGUUGUGACUCCAAAGGUCCUAGUUGUGAGUGUUUGAAAGGAUUUGAUCCCAAGUCACCACAGGAAUGGCAAAUGUUCACUUGGACUGGAGGCUGUGUGCGAAAUUGGGACUUGGAUUGUAAAAAUGGGGAUGGCUUUGUUAGGUACGAGGGAUUAAAGUUGCCAGAUAAUUCCUUCCUGUUUGCAAACAGAAGUUUGAGCCUCAAGGACUGUGAGGGAGAGUGUUUGAAGAACUGUUCUUGUAUGGCUUAUACUAGGUUUGAUAUUCAUGCAAGAGGGGGAGACUGUGUUAUGUGGUUUGAUGAACUGGUUGAUAUGAGAAACUAUCCGGAUGUAGGGGAAGAGAUUUAUAUUCGAAUGGCAAGAAAAGAAAUAGAGUCCAUUGCUGAUGAUAAGAAGAAAAAGAGAGUGAAAAUGGUUGUCACCAUUGUUAUGUCAUCACUUGGUGGGAUGCUUAUUUUUGGUUUCAUUAUCUGCAUCGUUCGGAUUAGGAAGACAAAGAGGAGACUCAGGAGAGCUGAAACCAGAGAGAAUCCGUAUCAAGUACACAUGGAAGAAAUGCAGGAAGAGGACCUCGCGUUAUCUAUCUUGGAUUUUGAUACUAUUUCAGCUGCUACUGACAGAUUCUCUAUAGCAAACAAAAUUGGAGAGGGUGGAUUUGGUACUGUAUAUAAGGGUGUAUUACCUUCUGGGCAAGAAAUUGCAGUGAAAAGACUGUCAGUGCAUUCUGGACAGGGCCUCCAAGAAUUCAAGAAUGAGGUUGCCUUGAUUGCCAAGCUUCAACACCGGAAUCUUGUGAAGCUCUUGGGAUGCUGCAUACAAAGAGAAGAAAAGAUGCUAAUUUAUGAGUACCUUCCCAACAAGAGCUUGGACCAAUUCCUAUUUGAUAGAACAAGAAGUGAAGUACUGACUUGGAGGAAACGUUUUGACAUUGUUAUGGGAAUUGCGCGAGGACUACUUUAUCUUCAUCAGGAUUCCAGGCUGAGAAUCAUCCAUAGGGAUCUCAAAGCAAGCAACAUCUUACUAGACAGUGAGAUGAAGUCUAAAAUUUCUGACUUUGGAACAGCAAGAAUUUUUGGGGGAGAACAGACAGAAGAAAUGACCAGGAGAGUGAUUGGAACAUAUGGUUAUAUGUCUCCGGAAUAUGCUAUGGGUGGACACUUCUCUGUAAAAUCAGAUGUAUUCAGCUUUGGUGUGUUGGUCUUGGAGAUAAUAAGUGGCAGAAAGAAUUCAGGAUUUCAUCACCCUGAGCAUGAUCUCAAUCUUCUAGGAUAUGCAUGGAAUCUGUGGAAUGAAGGAAAUCCAUUGCAACUGCUGGAUGCUCAGAUAGAGAAAUCUUCUUCUGUUAAUGAAGUGACAAGAUGUAUUCAAGUAGCCCUUCUGUCUGUGCAGCAAAGGGUGGAUGAUAGACCAACUAUGUCAACUGUGUUAUUAAUGUUGUCUAAUGAGAAUUAUUUGAUGCCCCAACCGAAAGAACCUGGUUUUAUUACUGGACUUCUUUCCAUGGGGGAUACAUCAUCAACCGGAAAGAAUCUUCAUACUGUUAAUGAUGUAACUGUAACAAUUCUAGAUGGACGGUAA